CGGCAGCGGAGCAGAAGAGUCGGGAGGGGCUGCCUGGCUGCGCCCUGCUUCAGGGAUGGCGUUGGAAGCGGCGCUGGCGGCGGUCGGUGGGCGCGGCGGCGGGGCCGAGCGGGACCUGAGCCGCUUCAAUGAGCAGAAUAGGUCCACCUUCAAAUUUGAAGCAUCAGAUGAAGAGAAAAGAAAGCAACUAUGUGAAGGAAUAUUGCUUUUACUGGACAAAGAUAUAAAAACAUCCUGUAAAGUCAUUUGCCUGGAGGCUCUCCGCAUACUCUCAAGAGACAAAAAAGUAUUGGUUCCUGUAACAACAAAGAAAAAUAUGCAGAUCUUGAUGAAGCUGGCAAAGCUGGACACUAUGGAGGAUUCUUUGGAAGAUGUGACAGAUUUCCCUGUCAUAGUGGAAGCUUUAAAAUGCCUUUGCAACAUUGUUUUUAAUAGUCCGGCCGCACAGAAACUCAGUCUGGAACUGAACCUGGCAGCUAUGCUUUGCAAUCUCCUGAAAAAAUGCAAGGAUCAACAAUUUGUCGAAGACAUUAAGUGCUUUGAUUUGCGUCUUCUCUUCCUCCUCUCCCUUCUGCACACAGAUAUCAGGUCACAGUUGCGUUAUGAUCUCCAGGGAUUGCCACUGUUGACUCAGGCCUUGGAAAGUGCAUUUAGCAUAAGAUGGACAGAUAAAUACAUCACAGCUGAAGACCAAGAAAUGUCACCUUUGUCACUGCAAGAGACAGAUUGUGCUGUUGAAGCACUGAAAGCUCUCUUUAAUGUAACUCUUGACAGCUGGAAUGUACACAGUGAGAACGAUUCUCAUGAAUUUCGUUACAUGACUGCCAUUCUGCGCCACUGCUUAUUAACUCUGGGUCCUACUGAAGACAAAACUGAAGAGUUGCACAGCAACGCAAUCAACCUUUUAAGCAACGUUCCAGUUUCUUGUCUGGAUGUCCUUAUCAGUCCAUCGACACAAGAGGAUCCCGAGGACACAGAUAUCAAAUACAAUGGCAUGAAUAUGGAUGCAAUUCAGGUGCUAUUGAAGUUUAUGGAGAAGAGAAUUGACAAGGGGAGCAGCUAUCGGGAAGGUCUCACUCCAGUUCUCAGUUUGCUAACAAGAUGCUGCCGAUCUCACCGGAACAUAAGAAAGUUUAUUAAAGCUCAGGUGUUGCCUCCCUUGAGAGAUGUAUCUAAUCGCCCCGAAGUUGGCACAACACUGAGAAACAAACUAGUGCGACUCAUGACUCACGUUGACCUAGGAGUGAAGCAAAUCGCUGCAGAAUUCCUUUUUGUUCUUUGUAAGGAGAGAGUUGACAGCUUACUGAAAUACACUGGCUAUGGCAAUGCAGCUGGGCUACUGGCAGCAAGGGGCCUGUUAGCAGGAGGAAGAGGGGAAACCUGGUACUCGGAUGACGAAGAUACAGACACUGAAGAAUACAAAUCUGCAAAGCCAAACAUUAAUCUUAUUACAGGUCAUUUAGAAGAACCAAUGCCCAACCCAAUGGAUGAAAUGACUGAAGAACAAAAAGAAUAUGAAGCAAUGAAACUUGUCAAUAUGUUUGAUAAGCUUUCUAGGGACAAGGUUAUAACACCAAUGGGAGUGCGACCAGAUGGCUCAAUGACGCCUUUGGAAGAAGUAGUCUGUCAGUAUCAGACCAAUGAGCAAGAGAGUUCAGACUCUGACUAGAAUAUCAGCUGCUUUUCUUUCUCACCCACCUUCCCUUCACCCACAGCAUCUUUUAUUAUCUAAAUAUUAGACCCUUCAGUGUUGCAGCAAAUGUUUUAUCCAUCAAAAUGGAUUGAAUUAUAAAUUUUGUGGUGUAACUAUACUAGUAUUUCUAAGGCCUCGAUUUAUAUAGCAACAAAACACCCCAUUUAUUAACUUAAAAGCUAAUUGUAUUUCAGUGGGAUGAAAAGUGUAGUGUGAAAUUUAAAAAUAAAUAAAUGUUAAUAUUUA